UAUACGCAUGCUUGGCGCCAUGAUCUGUCACUUCAGUCUUGAGUUAAAACUCGAACCAACUCAAGCUCCCAGAGCAGAAUAAUUUUGCUGACAAAACAUAAUUUAAUUUUUUUUUUUUAGUCAUCAUUUACAUUCACUUGCAUAUUAACGAUUUUAGAUCGUUUUGUGCGCAGAAUUUUUAGUAAAUAAAAAUGGCACUAACAAGAAUGGCUCUCUCAAGAUUAACAACUAAUAGACUCUCUCAAUAUACAGUUUCCAUUUCCAAACAUCAGCAAAAUAUGAUGCUGAGACUAAUAGCCAGUAGAUUUGUAUCAACUCAUCGAAUUACAAAAAAUAUUGAACUUAUAACAAAAGAAACUUCAAUUCAAACUAAUAAAUUUAAUAAACAAGAUUCUAUUGUUUCCGAAGAUCGACCACUAUUAAUUUUACUAUGUUGGCUAUUAGCUCAACGUAAACACGUUAUGAAAUAUGCAAAUUUCUACAUGGAACAAGGUUUUGAUGUUGUUACUGUCACUGUCAGUCCAUGGCAACUAAUGUGGCCUGCCAAUGGAACUAGAAAAGUAGCUGCUGAACUUUUGGAAUUUAUGGAUCAAAAUAAAAAUUAUCAACAAAUAAUGCUACACGGCUUUUCUAUUGGCGGUUAUAUGUGGGGUGAAGUUUGUGAUUUUAUACACAAAGAUAGAAAACGAUAUGAUCAUAUUAUAGAAAGAAUUGUAGGUCAAGUUUGGGAUAGUGCUGUUGAUAUUACUGAAAUUACAAUUGGAGUACCGCCUGCAGUUUUCCCUAAUAAUGACGUAAUGCAAAAUAUGUUUAAAAAAUACAUGGAAUAUCAUUUGAAAGCUUUUCAUAAGCAAGCAACGCAAUAUUAUGUUCGUUCUAGUCAACUUUUUCACACGAAUAUUGUACAUUCGCCAGCAUUAUUUCUUUUAAGUAAAACAGAUACAAUUGGAGCUGUUAAAAGUAAUAUGAGAGUACGAGACAGUUGGGAUUCACUUGGAAUAAAGACGUACGUAAAAAUAUUCGAAGAUUCUCCACAUGUUGGACAUUUUCAAAAAUAUCCAAAGGAAUAUAUUGCGGAAUUGUAUGCAUUUAUGGAUAUGCUACAAAUGAUACAGGAUGUGGAAAAAGUUAAAACGCGACUUUAAUAUCACUCAAAAAAUGAAAAAUCAGUUUAUAAAUCAUCAAAAGACACUAGUACAAAUCUGUGACUUAAAAGCAGUUUAAUUGGUAAAAAAUUGUCAGUCAAUUUUGGAAAAAGAAAAAUAUUAAAAGCAACAAAUUAUAAAUUUCGAAGGAAAAAAAAGAUUUUGCUUUUAAGCCACAGAAUAAACAGCCUGUUAAUUUUAGGCUGUGACAAAAAAAAAAAAAAAUCAGCAAGAAAUUGCAAAUUGCCUUCUCUAGUUUAACCACCUUUUUUCGGUUUUUUUGAAAAAUUGUGGAAAUUUGCCUUCUUACUAUAUUAAAAUAUAUAGUAUGUCUCGAAA